CUCAGGUUCCCCACACAACAAGGCCAGCGGGACUCCGGGAAAGGAAAGGCCCGGACAGCAGGGACUUCGCGAGCCACUUUUCCACCGGCUGGGGAAAGUUUCCCAAAAAAGCAGUUACCCAGAAAACACUUGCAAGUAAGAUACAAGAUAAUCUCUUGGAGAUCUGAGCAACAUUGCCACAAAUAGAGUUGGCUGAGAAGAUGCUAAUGUUUGACCCAGUACCUAUCAAACAAGAAGUGAUGGAACCAGUUCCAGUGUCAUUCAAUUCUAGUUAUAUGGAUCACAUGAAAGCCAACAAAUUCAGUGUCAUUUAUUCAACGCCGAAUAUGAUGCACAAUAAAUUCUACCAGUUUCCAGAAGAAUUGUGCAAUGGAGUUCAAAUUGAGCCCGUUGAUCUCACAGUGAACAAGCCAUCUUCAGCCGGAAGUUCUCCUUCUCCUCUGAAAUUCCAGAAUGCACACAGGAUAGCUUCGCCUGGAUUAAAUCAACCCUCACCCAGCCCUCCAAUGAAGAAAUUGACGCCACCAGGAAUACAGCCUUUCCCUAUGCCAUUAACUAUUCCUCCAGUGAUGGCAGCUCUUUCACGCCAUGGACUUCAAAGUCCUGGGAUACUUCUAGUUAUACAGCCAGUCCCUUUUAUGUACGCCCCUCACCUUCAACAACCUCUUAUGGUAUCCACAGUCCUUUCAGAAGAGUUGGAAACUCCAAGUAGUGUGCCAGUCUCUGUAAUUGAGUGUUACGAGAAUAUAGGAAGGGAAGGUUAAGGUAUUUCCUGGGCUUAAUUCCUGAGAAUCCUGGCUUUCAAGUUCUCUGUUUUGCUCCUUGCUCUUUUGACUCCCAGUCUUGCUUUGUUUUUUUAUUUACUUAUUGCAAUGCUUUGCCUUUUUCAGAGUUUAAAGGUCAUGUCAAUCUGUCUUCUCCUUUCUUUAUUCUCUUUCCUAGGCAGCUGUUAAGAGUCUGGAUGUGUUAUCUAAUCUUACCAUAUUUAAGAGUGGCUGAAUCAUUCUGGAAUCUCUCCAUUCAAUCUCACUGCCAGCUGAAUCACCUGCCCGACAUCAUAGCUGGAGGUGUUCUGAUCUCUGUGUGACCAUCAGAAAAAACAAAUGUGUUUCA